AUGCCUUUGUCCGAACUUUAUCGGAUGGCCGGGAGGGUUGAUUCAAGUGAAGAUUUUGAACCUGUAAAUGACUUUGUUGAGCUAGUAUGGGAAAAUGGUCAAAUUAUGAUGCAAGGCCAGUCUAGUAGAACUAGAAAGAGUCCAACUUGUAAUAAUAGCUUACCAUCUUACACCCCCAAGAAUCGAGAUAAAGAUGUAGGAAAUGGCAACAUUGCGAAGACAGGGAAGUUUGGAUCGGUGGAGUCUGUAUUGGAUGAAAUUCCGUUGUCGGUGCCAUCUUCCGAAAUGGGUUUGAGUGAAGAUGAUGAAAUGUUGCCUUGGUUGAAUUAUUCCAUUGAUGAACCUUUACAUCAUGAAUACUGUCAUGAAUUUUUGCCCGAAUUAUCCACUGUCACUGCAAAUGAGAUUUCCAGCAAUAGCAAUCUUGCCUCAGUGGAUAAAAGGAGUAGUUCUAGUCAGGUAUAUAGGGACUCCAAUACCAACUCUGCACAUGAAGGUGCUUAUUUGGAGCAAAGGAAUGCGCCAAAGGUUACUUCAGUAGAUGGUGCUGAUGUUAGCAGACCUAGAACUGGUACCAGUCAAUUGUACCCAUUAUCAUCACAGCAAUCCCAAUCAUUAUUUCCAUCUUUCAGAUCAAGGGUUUCGGAUAUUGUUGGUGAUAAUACGGGUAGUGCCACCCAUCCUACUGUUUGCAAGAAUUCAACUCAGGUUUCAUCUGCAGGUGUUUUUCCUGGCAUAAAAAUGCAGAGGCAAGAUCCAGUAAUGCCUAGUAAUAAUAAUUCAUCCGUAGUGAACUUUUCCCAUUUCUCACGACCAGCUGCUCUUGUGAAAUCUAAUCUUCAGAGCAUUGGUGUGGUGGCUGGCUCAGGUUUAUCAAGCGUGGAAAGGAUUGGAAAUAAGGGCAAGGUUUCAGCUGCAACUAGUAACAAACCUCCUGAGUCAACUCUAAUCGAUACAAGCAGCGGUUUACCAAAGGAGUCAAAUUCACAAUGCCAACAUAUUACAGUGACAUCCAAUGUUGAAUUGAAACCAACAGAAGCUAAGCCUCUUGAGGAAUCAUGUGCUGCUAAACAGUCUGAGGCGGCAAGCCAAGAGGAUGCCUCUAAGAAUGACACAAACACCAAUCAUAUUCCUUGUGAAAGUGCAAAUAGGGUACUUCGGGAUGGUGAAAAAACUUUGGAGCCUGUCGUUGCUUCAUCUGUUUGCUCAGGCAAUAGUGUAGAGAGAGCUUCAGAUGACCCAACACAUGCUUUGAAGAGAAAAUCUCGUGAUACUGACGAGUCUGAAUGCCAUAGUGACGAUGUGGAGGAAGAAUCUGUGGGUGUGAAAAAAAUAGCUCAUGCUCGGGGCAUGGGUUCCAAGAGAAGCAGAGCAGCAGAAGUGCAUAAUUUAUCAGAAAGGAGGCGAAGGGAUAGAAUCAAUGAGAAGAUGCGUGCUCUACAAGAACUCAUACCCAAUUGCAAUAAGGUGGACAAAGCUUCAAUGCUCGAUGAGGCUAUUGAAUAUUUGAAGACACUUCAGCUCCAAGUACAGAUUAUGUCAAUGGGAGCUGGUUUGUAUAUGCCACCAAUGAUGUUUCCAGCAGGAAUGCAGCACAUGCAUGCACCCCGUAUGGCUCAUUUCUCGCCCAUGGGUCUUGGAAUGGGAAUGGGGAUGGGGAUGGGAUUAGGCAUGGGUUUUGGGAUGGGUAUGCCCGACAUGAAUGGUGGAUCUUCUAGUUACCCUAUGCUUCAGGUGCCCCCCAUGCAAGGAGCACAUUUCCCUAAUUCACCUAUGGCAGGGCAUCCUGCCUUCAAUGGGAUGGUAGGAUCUAACCUUCAGAUGUUUGGGCUUCCUGGUCAAGGAGUUCCCAUGCCGAUGCAACGGCCGCCCUUAGUUCCUUCAUCAGGAGGUCCCUUUAUGAAGUCAUCUGUAGGACUAAAUGCAUGUGGUGCAGGAGGCCCUAUGGAAAAUGCGGAAUCAGCUCCAGUUUCUGGUUCAAAGGAUUCAGUUCAGAACAUGAACUCUCAAGUCGUGCAGAACACCAAUGCCAAUAGCUCUAUGAAUCAGACAUCUAGUCAGUGCCAAGCAACUAAUGAGGGCUUUGGACAGCCUGCUUUGGUGCGAAAUAAUGUUCAAGCGGCCGAUGUCGAUAACAACAGAGCUAACAGAUCUUCUAACGGAAAUGACGUUGUGCUUAGUAGAACAGCUAGUGAGUGUACAAGGACAUUCUCGUUAAGCAGUUCUACUUCUAUCUGUGGUUGGAGGAGAGAAAUCCAUGAUGCAGCAUCUUGA